AUGGCAUCGGCGACGUCCGUGAAGGAGGCGAUUGCGCGCUUUGAGGAGGCGGAGUACCGCCGCCGCACCGCCGAGAUGUCGGAGGAGGACCGCGCCAACGCGCCGCGUGUUGUGGCUGUGGAGGAGCCGCGCGUGCUGCUGAUCGGCAUGCUGCCGCCCAUUGUGAAGAUGGACAAGGACAUAGCGACGCUCGCCAACUGCGAGCACCUCGGGCUCUCCACCAACGGCAUUGAGAAGAUCGGGCCGGGGCUGAAGGAGCUGAAGAAGCUCAAGGUGCUCUCGCUCGGCCGCAACGCCAUCCGCAAGGUUGAGCAGCUUGACAUUCCGCAGUUGGAGCAGCUGUGGCUCUCGUACAACAAGAUCGACAAGCUGACUGGGCUCGACAAGCUCAAGAACCUCAAGGUGCUGUACAUGAGCAACAACCUCAUCAGUAGCUGGACGGAGAUCGACCGGCUGGCGAACCAGUGCCCAGAGCUGGUCGACGUGCUGUUUCUCAACAACCCCAUCUGCAACAACGCGCCGUCGAUGCAGGAGUACCGCUACAUGGUGCUGCAGCGCCUCACGAAGCUCACAAAGCUCGACGGCGUCCCGGUGGACCCGGAGGAGAAGGAGGAGGCAGAGCGGCGCCGCUAA